AUGGCUUUCUCGUCCUUAAUCCAGGAUGUUAAUACUUUAUCACCGACUAAGAGGGGAAAAAGAUCAACUGUUAAAGCUUACUCAUAUAAUUCAUUGACCUCCUGCGCCAAUAUUGGUAAUAUUGCUACAUAUUGUGGUGUGAAUUAUCCAGUCCCUAAUGUUAUUAAAACCGACGCCACUCGACUUGUAGUCGCAGCCAAGGCUUUAGUGAAUUACAUUAAAAAUGGACCACAAUUCAAUGCUCCUGCUGCUUGUGUCAAUGAUAUCAAAAACACAUAUUGCAGUAUCCUUUUCCCACGUUGCGAUUCUAAACGCAAUGAAGUUAGCUUCAAUACUAGCAAUUGCAUCAACUCUUAUAAUAAUUGUCCCGACAGUGUGAAAAAAAUCCUUCCGUCUUACAUAAACUGCGACGUAAUACCAAAAGGAGCAUUCUACCUGAAUGAUUGCAUUAAACCUCCUUCGUUCAAUCUAAAAAACUGCCCUAACCCUCCAAGCAAUGUUUUAAUACCGAGAUAUUUAACUAUGGAUCCCCUCCUAGUAGAUACCUCUAUACCAAAUUUACGAUCAUUUAUGCAGACUCAAGGCAACAAUAAGCUAUGUAUCCAAAGUUUUGUUGAUUUCCUUUGCGCUGAUAUUCCAUUCUGUUCGCAAGAUAGAACUAUGUUGUUAACCACAGCUACCACCGGAAAAUGUCAAUCCUCAUUUUCAUGGUAA